AUGAGAUUCGCUCCCCAGCUCGCUGCCCUCGCAGCAGCCGCCGCCGCGCUGCCCUGGCUCGCCUCGGCCGCGGCCAGCUCCAACUCGACGUCGUCGGGCCCGGACAAGGACGGCAAGUACUGGAUCGAGGGCGACGGCCUGCGCGCCGCCUUUAUCCCCUACGGCGCCUCCGUGUCCAACGUGCUCCUCAAGGACAAGCACGGCGUCGAGCGCGACAUUGUCGCCGGCUGGGACAAUGCCACCUACUACGGCGAGGACAAGCUGCACCCGCACUUUGGCAGCGUCCCGGGUCGCUACGCCAACCGCAUCAAGAACAGCACCUUUGAGAUUGACGGCAAGGCCUACCACAUUGCCCCCAACGAGAACCCGACCAAGGACCACCCGGACGGCGUCGACACGCUGCACGGCGGGCCCGACGGCUGGGACUACCGCAACUUUACCGUCGUCUCCCACACCAAGAACAGCAUCACCUUCAUGAUCCUGGACCCAGACGGCAAGGAGGGCUUUCCCGGCGAGGUCAUCUCGUACAUCACCUACACCCUGCAGGGCAUGGACUGGCACAUCAAGAUGAUGGCCCUCUCGACGACCAAGAAGACGCCCAUCAUGCUCAGCAGCCACACGUACUGGAACCUCGACGGCUUCGCCAACAAUGAGACGAGCACCGCCCUCAACCACACCCUGCACCUGCCCUACAGCGGCCAGCGCGUCGGCGUCGACAACAUCCUCAUCCCCACCGGCGAGUUCUGGUCCAACAAGAAUGGCUCCGUCAACGAUUUUUGGAGCGAGCCGAGGCAGAUUGGCCACGCCAUGGGCGAAAAGGACCUCGUCAACAACUGCGGUUUCAACUGCACUGGUUAUGACAACUGCUUCCUCGUCAACCGCGACCACCUCGGCCCGUAUGACUGGCGCACCGAGGGCCCCGUCGCCCGCCUCAGCUCCAAGUGGUCCGGCAUCGCGAUUGAUGUCUUCACCGACCAGCAGGCCUUCCAGGUCUACAGCUGCAACGGCAUGGACGGCAGCGUCCCCGUCAAGAAGACGCAGGGCUUCAAGGACAACAAGGACUUCCCCCGCGUCAUCCCCCAGUACGGCUGCGUCGUCAUGGAGGUCCAGGACUACAUUGACGGCAUCAACAACCCCGAGUGGAUGCGCGGCAACCGCCAAAUCUUUGGCCCCGGCGAUGAUCCGUACGUCCUCCAGGCUACGUACAAGUUCAAGGUCCACAAGGACAAGGACGACGAGUCGAGCAAGUAA